UAAGGAAAGCUUUGCUCCCCUCGGUUCCCAGCCUUCUCCCAGUGGAGUUCACUUAGACCUCAGGUCUGUCGACGGAAUCCGGCGGAGGGGGCGUGGCUUUAGCGACAGGGGAGGGUUAGUGCCCGUGAGGCUCCGCCCCCACGCCUGAGCCACUGCACGGGCCUGUGCUGGGCUAGACCGUGCGGCAUGGCCCGAAAGCGGGCGUCCUGCAAGGAGCAGCCGGGCCAGCGGCCCCCCAAGAAGGCCCGGACCCAGGAAGCGAAGCCCGAUGUUUUUGAAGAUCAGAAGCCAAAGAAUACUCGUGUCCCCAGAGUCCCAAGUGGGAAAAGGAAGAAGAGAAGCAGUGACCCUGGUGGGCCCCGAGGUGGUGCAUCAAAGAAGGCAGGAGUCAAGUCGGAGAAGAAAUCUGAAAAGCGUCCUGCUGUGAAGGAGGAAGCCUCUAGUGAGGGAGAAGAUUUCGUUGACUUCACAAGCAUCACCAAGAAGAUCCGACCCAAGACAGAAGCAUCAGUGAAAAAGGACAGCAGUCGGGAGAAUGAAGAGGACGAAAGCGAGGAUGAUUGGGAGGAGGUGGAAGAACUUAAGGAGCCUGUACCAGAUGAGACGGGAGGAACCGCAGCCUCCUUUCAAUCAACUUUGCCUGCCAAGCCAGUGGAGAUAGAGAUUGAAACUCCGGAGCAGUUGAAGGCAAGAGAGAGAAGAGAAAAAAGGCAGACGGAAUUGGAGACAUACCUUCGAAGAAUGAUGAAACGCUUCAAUAAAGAAGUCCGUGAAGAUACACACAAGGUACACCUGCUUUGUCUGCUAGCAAAUGGUUUCUUUCGGAAUAAUACCUGUAAUGAGCCAGAUCUCCAGGCCAUCGGCCUCUCCAUCAUCCCAGCUCACUUCGCCAAAGUGCUUCCUAAUAAAGUGGAUGUCCCUUACCUUUCAAACCUGGUAAAAUGGUUCAUUGCCACAUUCACCGUCAAUGCAGAGCUUUCCACUGAUGAGCGAGACAGCCUGCGCUCCACCCUGGAAAGGCGUUUUGCUAUUUAUUCUGCACAGGAUAAUGAAGAAUUGGUUCAUAUAUUUUUAUUGAUUCUACGAUCACUGCAACUUCUGACCCGGCUGGUAUUGUCUCUGCAGCCCAUUCCUCUAAAGUUGCUAGCUGCAAAGGGCAAGAAAAAGUCACAGAACAGCUCCCUAGAGAAUCCUGAAAGUUGUUCUGAACCCCCCAGCCAAAAGGCCCAAACCCAGAUCAGACCAAAGACCAGCACAGGACGAGCAGCAGCCUCUUCUAAGAGGGCAGCAGAGGGCAAAAAACCAAAGUCUCAGAAGGCAGCAGUGGGCAGCAAAAAACAUGCACAGUGUUCUCCCAGUGAGGAAGAAGACGUGGUGGUAGAAAAAAAAGAAGCCCAGAGACCUGUAAGGGAAAGUCGGAGGACUUCAAAGGUGUCCUACAAAGAGGAGAGUGGGAGCGAUGGGGCCGAAAGCAGCUCUGAUUUCGAGCUCUCCGGUGAGAAUGACAGUCAUUUAUCUGAUGAAGAUUCUCAGCCUGGCACCCAGAGACCAAGAAGGUCAGCUCCGUCCCAGAGGACAAAGGCAGCAUCUGUGGGCAGCAGAAGGAGAGUCAGUACAUCAGCAAAGAAUAAAAGAAAUGGUAGUCAGCCCUCCAUCCUUCCAGGAGCAUCCCCAGAGGCCUUGGGCACCAAGAAGGUCAAGAUCAUUUCUAGUGAUGAAGAAGAAGAAGAAGAAAUCGGGAAAGCAGUUGGUGUGGACCAGUGGCUAGAAGUGUACUGUGAGGGGGAGGAUAGGUGGGUAUGCGUAGAUUGUGUCCAUGGCGUGGUGGGCCAGCCCUUGACCUGUUACAAAUAUGCCACCAAGCCCUUGUCCUACAUCAUUGGCAUUGACAAUGAUGGGUGUGCCCGGGAUAUCACACAGCGGUAUGACCCGGCCUGGAUGACAGCUACCCGCAAGUGCCGUGUAGAUUCAGAGUGGUGGGCUGAGACCUUGAGACCCUACCAAAGCCCUUUUGGGGCAAGGGAAAAUAAAGAAGAAAUGGAGUUUCAGGCAAAGCUACAGAGCCAGCCCUUGCCAACUGCUAUAGGCAUGUAUAAGAACCACCCUCUUUAUGCCUUGAAGAGGCAUCUCCUGAAAUAUGAGGCCAUAUACCCAGAGACUGCUGCCAUCCUUGGGUACUGUCGUGGGGAAGCUGUGUAUUCUAGGGAUUGUGUCCACACCCUACACUCGAGGGAUACCUGGUUGAAGGAAGCACGAGUGGUCAGGAUUGGGGAAGUUCCAUACAAGAUGGUGAAAGGAUAUUCCAAUCGUGCCCGGAAGGCCCGGCUGGCUGAUCCCCAGUACCGGGACCAAGAUGACCUGGGUCUGUUUGGCCACUGGCAGACCGAGGAGUACCAGCCGCCCGUGGCAGUGGAUGGGAAGGUCCCCCGGAAUGAAUUUGGAAAUGUUUACCUCUUCGUGCCCAGCAUGCUGCCCAUUGGGUGUGUCCAGCUGAAACUGCCCAACCUGCAUCGAGUUGCCCGAAAGCUGGGUAUCGACUGUGUCCAGGCUAUCACUGGCUUUGACUUCCACUGUGGCUACUCGCAUCCUGUCACUGAUGGGUACAUCGUAUGUGAAGAGUACAAAGACGUGCUCUUGGCUGCCUGGGACAAUGAACAGUCACUCAUUGAACAAAAGGAGAAAGAGAAAAGAGAGAAGAGAGUCCUGGGGCACUGGAAGUUACUGGUGAAAGGGCUUCUCAUAAGAGAGAGGCUGAAGCUACGCUUUGGUGACAAGGGUGAAGUUGCUGCAGCAACCUCAGAGAGGGGAGCCGGAUUCUCGUCGGACGAGGAAGGGACCAGCUCACAGGCAGCAGCCCAAGAUCUGGCUGCCUCCUGGCCCCAGAACCGAGAAACUGAAGAGCAGCAGAAACUGAGAAGAACUAGGAAGACCAAAAGGGAAAGGAGGGAGGAAGCCAAGCACCUGUUCCCCUUUGAAAAGUUGUAAUUUUGAGAAAACAGCUCCCAGACACUCUCCCAGCACCAUGGCCGUAUGCUCCCCUGACUGCCAAAAAAAGACAGCCGGGCAGCUGGGCCAGGCUCAGUAGGCUUAGGGCGAGGAAGUGGCUCCGAAUUCCCGGGAUGGCUCAGGUGUGCUGCAGGACCACUCCUCACAUAAGACUCUAGCUUUCACUCAACCCCUCAGCCCUUUGUAGUCUUUUAAGUCGGAUAUUUUUCUACUUAGGAAUCUUGCCUUUCAAGUGGUAUCUUUCAACAAUCUGACACAUAUUGAGUAAAUGGAUUUCUUUGGAGGUCCUGAGGGACUUUGGGCAAAUGCUGAGUAAUUUUCUUUGUGAGAAACACCAGAUUUUAAUAGAUUCUAUGUGUUCUGCAAAUGCAGAAAGCUGCUGCUGUCAGUUUAAACACAAUUUCCAUUUAACAGAUAGCCAUCUUCUUGCCUCACUGACUUGUCAUCUGCAUUACCUCUUCCCUGGCCUUAACUGCAUUUUUCCCUGAAUUUUCGUUGAAACAGAAGAAUUACAGUAUAAUUCCUACAAUAUUAUGAUCUUUGGAUUCACUUUAGGAUGUAGGCACCUAUGAAAAGGGCUAAAAUCAGAGGGAAAUAAAUCCCACAAAUGUAGAAUACUGAAGAAACAGCAACAAUCUUGACUGAGCCCCCAACUACUAUCCUGGUUAAAUAGAAAAUGCUUUACAUUGUAGAUAGUCAAGGAGGAUAAUUUUUAAAAAUCACUAUGGGGGGAACAAUAAAGCUUAUAGAAAGACUGA